CCUGCCACACAAUCCUGUAUUUCACAUGGGGCAAGCGGGAGUUCUCAUCCACUUGCGUAAACGCUGCUGCUGAGUGGUGGUUGACAGUCUCUGGCGACAAGAGGACAAACAAGACAGCAAUUUUUUUCUCCCUUCCCUUCUUUACUAAAGGCGUAUCGCUGGUGGAUGCUACCAUGAAGCAGAAAACAUAAGUUGAGCAUUUAUAAGGACGCUGCCACUUUGUACUUUGCUGAAGAUAUUCAUCGGUGGGAUGAAGAACUGAAGUCUUAAAGAGAGUUUGUGCCAACAUGUCUAAACCAAUGGAUCACGUCAAACGCCCGAUGAACGCUUUCAUGGUUUGGUCCAGAGCCCAGCGCAGAAAAAUGGCUCAGGAGAACCCGAAAAUGCAUAACUCCGAGAUCAGCAAGAGAUUAGGAGCGGAAUGGAAACUUCUCACCGAGUCUGAGAAAAGGCCAUUCAUCGACGAAGCCAAACGACUGCGAGCGAUGCACAUGAAGGAACACCCAGACUAUAAAUACAGACCGAGGCGGAAGCCCAAGACACUAAUGAAAAAAGAUAAGUUUUCCUUCCCCGUGCCCUACAAUCUCGGGGAGCACGACGCACUCAAAGUUAACGGGCUUUCCGCGGGAGCACUUUCCGAGUCCAUCAUGGGGCACCAUGACAAGGCAGCAGCGGCUGCGGCGGCUGCAGCGGCCCGGGUGUUCUUCAACCCGUCCAUGUCGAACCCCUAUUCCUUUUUCGACCUGGGAUCCAAGAUGACUGAGCUUUCCCCACCUUCGUUUUCGUACGCGUCUCCUUUGGGCUACCCGCCGGGAGGCGCCGCGGCUUUCACUGGGACUGGUGGCGGGACGCACACCCACACUCACUCACAUCCGUCGCCGGGAAACCCGGGCUACAUGAUCCCUUGUAACUGUACGGGCUGGCCCUCAGCAGGACUCCAGCCACCCUUAGCAUACAUCCUGCUCCCCGGGAUGGGAAAACCUCAACUUGAACCGUACCCUGCGUAUGCUGCAGCAUUAUGAUAAGGCUUUGGACUUCUGAGAGAAUGAAAUGUGAAGAAAAAGAAAAAAAGCUAUUCAUGCAAGAGUUUUAUUAUGCAUGCACAAACUUGUACAUGUGAUGAAGUGCUCGUCGUCUCAGAUAUCACAUGUGUAUGUAUAUUGAUUAAUGCCUUUAUCUAAGGUACUGCUUAUUUAGAGAACUCUCUAAUCUAUUAUUAGCCAUCACCUCUCACAGUCCAGAGCAGAAGGGAAAGAACUCAGUGAUGGCAAAAAUGCACACAUUUGAGAGGAAAUGGUAUCAGAGCAUUUUGUAAAAAAAAAACAAAAAAACAUUUUGAAUUCGAUUUCUAUCUUUUGCAAGUUGCACCUACUUUGAUUAUAACCUGUUGGAGUCCAGGGCAGCAUAUUCAAUGAGCACAUUAAUUACAGUUUUUUUCUCUCAGAUACCUUGUUGUAGGCUAAUGGGUUGUAAUAAUGGAUCAAGGGGGAUUUGUCACAACUCUCCCCUCUUGAAUGACUGUAAAUGUGUACAGAUAAAAAUGACUCUAGUUUAUUUGCCGUUAUAGGCUUAGUGUUUGAGAUAGGGCCAGGAACCUACGUAUUUCACUAGAAAUACAGUGUAUAUUUUGAGUUUUUAAACCGUUUUAUAGAUGUCUGUAAUAUUUAUUGUUUAGUGGAAUCUAUGGUGACCCAGACAAUUUUAAAAAGGACAAGACUAGUUCUGUUAUAUUUGCACAUGAAACGUAGAGGAUGUAGGCUAAUUUAUUUUGAAGGUGAAAUUACAUUUCAGUGGGCUCAAUGUAUCAACUCGUUUCUUCCUCCAAACAGUUAAAAAAAAAGUAGGCCUAAACAUUUAAAUGCAGGUGGAAGUUUAUUGAAGGAGUUUAUCAUUUAUUGAUCCCUCAUCCUCCCACUCCUCGUAUCAUGUGCAGCAGAAGAAAAAAAAAACGUUUUUAUCUAACUCUUAUGGAAUUUGUAUGUUUUGUGUUUUCUUUAACCUCCGUUAUGUACUUCAACCUAUUGCUACUGUUCACUUGUUGAGCAAAGGACUACAAUAAAGCGUAUUCGGAUUAAACGGAA